CUCCCAGCAGGAUGGAUGCGGGUUCAAGAUACGUCCGGCACCUACUACUGGCACAUUCCGACGGGCACCACCCAAUGGGAGCCUCCCUUGUGCAGCGGGAGGGGCGACUCGGCAGGAAACACCCCCACCCGGGAGACCCAGCCUGGGGUGUGUUGCUUCUCCGUCCACUCGCUGGGCUGGGUGGCGGUGGCCGAGGAGGAGCUGGCGCUGGGCAGGAGCGGAGUGGCGGUCAACAACUGCAUCCGGCAGCUGGCUGGGCAGGAGCCGGCCCUGGUGGAGGUAAGCAGCUGGUGGGGUGGGCAGCCAGACAGUGGUAAAUCCAUGCUGCUGGUCCUGGAGAAGGAGCUGCUGAAGCUGCUGGACUCGCAGAAGCGGACGGAGCUGCACUGCCUGCCCAUCGCGGCCAUCCGGGUCUGGGGCGUCGGGCGGGACAGCGGAAGGGAGUUUGCGUACGUGGCACAAGACCAGCUGGCUCAGAUGCUGAAGUGCCACGUCUUCCGGUGUGAAGCUCCCGCCAAGAAUAUUGCCAGCAGACUCCAUGAAAUCUGCUCCAAGAUUGUGACAGAGCGGCGGAGCGUGCAAAGCUCACUCAACGGGAUCUCCCUGGAUCCGUCCAAGAUGGUGGAGAUCCCCUUCCAAGUUGAGUUUCCGGCACCCAAAAGCGAAUCGGUCCAGAAGUUCCAGGUUUACUACUUGGGGAGCGUUUCUGUGGCCAAGCCUGUGGGCAUGGAGGUCAUCAACAGCGCCCUCGAGGCAGCCCUGGCAUCUGGCAGCAAGGAGCAGUGGGCACCUGCUCAAUUCAGCGUGGCACCGGCCACUCUCACCCUCGCCCAUCAGCAGACCGACACCGUGCUGUGUGAGUGCCGCGUGCGCUUCCUCUCCUUCAUGGGCAUUGGGCAGGACGUCCGCUCCUUCGCCUUCAUCAUGGCUGCUGCCGCCGGCAACUUCCGCUGCCACAUGAUCUGGUGCGAGCCCAAUGCUGCGGGGCUGAGCGAAGCCGUUCAGGCCGCUUGCAUGCUCCGCUACCAGAAAUGCUUGGAUGCGCGGCCCCAAUCCACCAGCAGCUCCUGUCUCCCGGCCCCUCCUGCCGACUCCGUGGCUCGCCGUGUGGGCUCCACAGUUAGGAAGGGCAUCCAGGCCCUGCUGGGGACCCUCCAACCCAAACGCCAGGGGUCCCAGACGCCGUGAGCUCCAGGCACGAGAGAGGGGACCUGCCCGCCCACCUUGACCCUCCGGGCCAGCAGCGCCACUGGCCUCUUGCCAUCAGCCUCGUAGCGCUUUGCCUGCCCCGGUGCGCGGUGCGUGUGUAUUCUGCAUGAGUGCAAGGUGUCUAUUUAUGAGGGAUGCGUGGAUCUGCACAGACA